CAGAGAGGCCAGUUACAUUCUGUGGCUUCCAGAGGGAACAAGCCUCCAGAGGAGUACAGUUAUUCCAUUUUUCUUGCGACCCAGGUAUCACUACUGAGGCUGCAAUGGCGUGGUGGAAGGCCUGGAGUGAAGAAGAGGGCAAGUCUGUGGCAGGUACUUUACGGUUUGAUGCUGCACCUGAUGCCCAGAUUCUGUACAAGGCCAUGAAAGGGCUUGGGACUGAUGAACAAGCUAUAAUUGAUGUCCUAACCAAGAGGAGCAAUAUACAGCGUCAAGAGAUUGCCAAAUCCUUCAAAGCACAGUUUGGAAAGGAUCUGAUUGAAAGUCUGAAGUCUGAACUGAGUGGCAAUUUUGAGAGGCUCAUUGUAGCUCUCAUGUACCCCCCAUUCAAGUAUGAUGCCAAGGAGCUGUAUGAUGCCAUGAAGGGUGUGGGAACCAGUGAAGGUGUUAUCAUAGAGAUCUUGGCAUCUCGGACUAAAGCACAGAUCAAAGAGAUAAUCAAGGCUUACAAAGAAGCAUACGGUUCUGAUCUGGAAGAAGAUAUAAAAUCGGAAACAAGUGGCUACUUAGAACAGAUUCUGGUUUGCCUUCUUCAGGGUGAGAGAGACAAUGCCACUCUCUAUGUGGACACAGCCCUGGCUCUCCAGGAUGCAGAGACUCUCUAUGCUGCUGGAGAGAAGAUACGGGGCACUGAUGAGAUACAGUUCAUCACCAUCUUGUGCAAAAGGAGUGCCACACACUUACUGAAAGUGUUUGAAGAAUACCAGAAACUGGCUGGUAAGAGCAUAGAAGACUCUAUCAAGAGUGAAACUCGUGGUUCACUUGAGGAUGCCAUGCUGGCUAUUGUGAAAUGCACCAGGAACAUCCGUUGCUACUUUGCAGAGAGGCUGUACCAUGCUUUAAAGGGGGCUGGCACAGAUGAUGGAACUCUUAUAAGGGUGAUUGUUUCUCGAAGUGAAGUUGACCUGAAUCUUAUAAAGCCUGAAUUCAAACGUAUUGCAGGAAAGUCUCUCUCCAGUAUGAUUUUGGAUGACACCAGUGGCGAUUACAAGACAGCCCUGAUGAAUCUCUGUGGCAGUGACUGACAAACUUUAGGAGGAAGAUGUUGAAAAGGAUAUAGAGAAAAUUAACAGCGAACAAGGGUCUUGAAAAUAUACAUGUAGAAAAUAUUUCCAUUGAUCCAAGUGGGGAGAAAAAGAAGAUCAAAUUAAUAGUCAAGAUUUCCAAAGCUCUCUGAAGGUUGUGGAUGCUCAUUAUACAUUAAAUGCUAUCGACUUCCCCAACAGUUUUUCAAACACAAGGGGGAACGUUAAUUUUUUUGUUUCCAUUUUCUUCAUUGUAAUUUCCCUUCUAUUUUAAUU